UUUUUUUUUUUUAUAUCAAAUUUUCUCAUCAUCUUACCCCCUCUUUUCUUUCAUCCCUAAUUUACCCACUUCGAUUUUAUAAUAUUUUUGGACCCUUAUACGUGCCCAUUCAACCAUUAUUUCUAAGCUUAAAAAUCUGGUCACCACGCAUUUAUUAUAUCUUUCCUUUUUUCCCUAACACUCCAACAAUAUAACUUAGUCAAAAAAUAAAAAAAUAAAAUUGUUAUACCCCUCUCUCCAAAUCUGCACCCACUGGAAAAAUAUUCUUAGAAUUUCUUGAUCUCUGCUGUAAAGAUUACUUGUUUAACCAGGAUACUAGUCAGGUUAGCAUAUAAUAGAGAGGUUGAAUUCAUCGCCAAACUUGUUCAGUCAUCGUAUGGCAGUGAAGAUUUUCUUCUGCAAUCAUGGAAGUGCUCCCAUGUUCCAAUAUACAUUAUGUCCCGGAGUCUGAUUGCCCUCAACAGGGCUCUGGAACUACUCUUAUGUAUGGUGGAAAACCAAACCACCUUGAACAUGCAGAACAAGUUCAAGCCGGUGAUGUGAAAGUCGAUGAUGUCCUUCUUAAUAUGAAGGAGUUUCAGGAAGAGAAAGCAGAUGGACGUCAAUUCUCUGUCGAGGGAUUACCAACUGCAGAUGUGAUUCCUACUAAAGAUGCAUAUUAUGAUUUUGGGGGAGAUGGCCAAAUGCUGUCCAGUGAUUUCCAUGAUUCUGGAGAUGACAAUGUUGUGGAACAUGAUCACGUUACAAGAUCUGAUCUAGUGCCAGAGUGCCUGCGACCAGUUGUUGACACUAUUGAAAGUGGACUCCCUUAUAGUAACCAGGUUGUGGGAUCCUCUUCCUGUGAGUCCAAGUGGCUGGAUGAAGAUGGACCUCUAGCAGUAUGGGUCAAGUGGAGGGGGUUGUGGCAAGCAGGAAUUAGAUGUGCAAGAGCUGAUUGGCCGCUAUCGACUCUCAAAGCUAAGCCUACGCAUGAGAGGAAAAAAUAUCUUGUGAUAUUCUUUCCUCGCACCAGAAAUUAUUCUUGGGCCGAUGUGCUUCUUGUUCGCCCAAUUAGUGAAUUUCCGCAUCCCAUCGCAUAUAAAACCCAUAAAGUUGGGGUGAAAACGGUGAAAGACUUGACUCUUGGUCACCGUUUUAUCAUGCAAAGACUUGCUAUCAGCAUACUGAAUAUUAUUGAUCAAUUACAUGCCGAGGCUCUAGAAGAGACUGCUCGCAGUGUGAUGGUAUGGAAGGAAUUUGCAAUGGAGGUUUCCCGCUGCAAGGGCUAUCCUGAUCUUGGAAGGAUGCUUUUGAAAUUUAAUGAUAUGAUACUGCCGUUGUAUAAAAAAUCAUUUUCGAUGGAGUCUUGGAUUCAGUGCUGUCAGAAUGCCAACAGUGCUGAGACAAUUGAAAUGCUGAAGGAGGAAUUGGCUGAUUCUAUACUUUGGGAUGAGUUGAACUCACUUCCAAAUGAAGGAUUACAUCUUGAUCUGAACUCUCAGUGGAAGAAUUGCAAAUCUGAGGUUAUGAAAUGGUUUUCAGUUUCACAUCCCGUAUCUGAUAGUGGAGAUGUUGAACAGCCGAAUAAUGAUAGCCCAUUGAAAAUGGAGCUUCAGCAGAGCAGAAAGAGGCCCAAGCUUGAAGUUCGUCGUGCUGAGGCACAUGCUUUGCCAGUGGAAUUUCAGGUGUCACAUCAGGCUGUCCCUGUUGGAUUUGAUGCUGGUGUUCUUGGUGGCCAUGAUAUCUCCAAAAAUGUACUGUUAGAAUCUGAACCAACAAAAGAUGACAUUUCUCUUGGAGAGGUUCCUCCAAGUGGUUCUCCUGGUAGUGUGGCAGAUAGAUGGGGAGAGAUUAUUGUUCAAGCAGACAGUUCCGACGUCAUUCAGAUGAAAGAUGUGGAACUGACCCCUAUAAAUGGAGUUGUUUCAAGUAAUUCCUUUGAUCAUGGAAGUAAGAAUCGCCAGUGUAUGGCUUUUAUUGAAUCCAAAAGAAGACAAUGUGUCAGAUGGGCAAAUGAUGGUGAUGUUUAUUGUUGUGUGCACUUGGCCUCUCGCUUUGCCAGUAGCUCAAUUAAGGUGGAUGCAUCUCCACAUGUUGAUACACCGAUGUGUGGAGGGACCACUGUUCUUGGGACUAAAUGUAAACAUCGUGCCUUAUGUGGCUCUCCUUUCUGUAAGAAACACAGGCCCCGAGAUGAGAAAGGAUUAGGUUCUAUUUUGCCUGAGAGUAAACAUAAACGAAAGCAUGACGACAAUGUCCUUAGAUUGGAUACCUCAAGUUGCAAAGAUAUUGUUCUCGCUGGAGCAUUUGAUGCUCCGCUCCAAGUUGAUCCUAUCUCAGUUCUUCGUGGAGAAUCUUGCUAUAGGAACAACUUGCUUGAGGUGCCUCGGUAUUUGCAGAACAGACCUAGUGGUUCUGAGAUGCAUUGCAUUGGUUUGUGGCCACAUGGAAGUGAGCUUUGCGUAGAAAGUCCAAAACGACAUUCAUUAUACUGUGAGAAGCAUUUACCAAGCUGGCUUAAACGUGCGAGGAAUGGCAGGAGUAGGAUAAUUUCAAAGGAAGUAUUCAUAGAACUUUUGAAGGAUUGCCAGUCCAGGGAUCAAAGAUUGUAUUUACAUCAAGCUUGUGAGCUUUUCUAUAGACUUCUCAAAAGUUUACUUUCCUUGAGAAACCCAAUUCCAAAAGAAGUGCAAUUCCAGUGGGUCAUAUCUGAAGCUUCUAAAGAUCCAAUGGUUGGUGAAUUCUUAAUGAAAUUAGUUUGUACUGAAAAAGAGAGGCUGAAAAGUGUUUGGGGCUUUAGCUCUAGUGAAAAUGCACAAGCUUCCUCUUACAUCGAAGAACCAAUUCCAUUAUUAAGGAUUACUGAUAAUGACCAGGAUCAUUGUGAUGUCAUAAAGUGCAAAAAUUGCUCAGAGACGUUUCCAGAUGAGCAAGUGCUUGGCACGCACUGGAUGGACAACCACAAAAAGGAAGCUCAAUGGCUGUUCAGGGGUUAUGCUUGUGCUAUCUGCCUGGAUUCUUUUACUAAUAAGAAAGUUUUGGAAACUCAUGUGCAGGAAAGGCACCAUUCACAGUUUGUUGAAAAUUGCAUGCUUUUCCAGUGUAUUCCGUGUACUAGCAAUUUUGGGAACUCAGAGGAGUUAUGGUCCCAUGUGCUCACCGCACAUCCUGCCAGUUUUAGAUGGUCUCAUACUGCUCAAGAGAAUCAUUUUCCUGCAAGUGAGGUUGCGUCAGAGAAGCCUGAUAUAGGCUACUCGUUGUCGACACAUAAUUUCAAUUCAGAGAACCAGUCUGGUUUCCGAAAAUUCAUCUGCAGAUUUUGUAGCCUGAAAUUUGACUUGCUACCUGAUCUAGGCCGCCAUCAUCAGGCUGCUCACAUGGGUCCUAAUCCUGUUGGCUCUCAUAUCUCCAAGAAGGGCAUCCGUUUAUAUGCUCAUAAAUUGAAGUCAGGAGGACUUAGCCGUCCGAAAUUCAAGAAGGGUCUCAGCUCUGUAGCAUAUAGGAUUAGGAACAGAAAUGCUCAGAAUAUGAAGAGACACAUCCUGUCAUCAAACUCCAUUAUUAGUGGAAAAUCUACGAUUCAACCUAGUGCAACCGAGGCAGCUGGUCUAGGUAGACUGGCAGAUCCCCACUGCUUAGAUAUUGCAAAGAUAUUGUUUGCUGAGAUUAAGAGAACAAAGCCACGGCCAAGUAACUCAGACAUCUUAUCAAUAGCUCGGAUUACUUGCUGCAAAGUAAGCCUCCAAGCAUCACUUGAAGCAACAUAUGGAAUUUUGCCAGAGCGCAUGUAUCUCAAAGCAGCAAAAUUGUGUAGUGAGCACAAUAUCCUUGUAAGCUGGCACCAAGAUGGUUUCAUUUGCCCCAAAGGAUGUAGACCUGUUCAUGAUCCUUUCAUAGUAUCUUCAGUACUUCCCCUUCCUGGUCAAGCAAAUAGAACUGGAAGUAUUCCACCAAAUUCUGCUAUUAGUGAGUGGACUAUGGAUGAAUGUCACUAUGUCAUUGAUUCUCAACAGUUCAAGCAUGAACCAUCCGACAAAACUAUUCUCUUGUGUGAUGACAUAAGCUUUGGACAGGAGUCAGUUCCGAUAACUUGUGUGGUAGAAGAAAAUCUUUUUGCCUCCCUCCACAUUCUUGCUGAUGGCUCCAAUGGCCAAAUUACCACAAGUUCUCUACCUUGGGAGAGCUUUACCUAUGCAACAAAAUCAUUGAUUGAUCAAUCCGUGGAUCUUGCAAUAGGGAGUUCCCAAUUGGGGUGUGCUUGUCCAAAUUCAUCAUGCUCUUCUCAAACUUGUGAUCAUAUUUACCUUUUUGAUAAUGAUUACGAGGAUGCAAAAGAUAUUUAUGGGAAGCCUAUGCGUGGAAGGUUCCCAUAUGAUGAGAGAGGUCGGAUUAUGUUGGAGGAGGGCUACCUUGUCUAUGAAUGCAAUCAAUGGUGCUCAUGCAGUAAAUCUUGUCAGAAUAGGGUUUUACAGAGUGGAGUGCGUGUGAAGCUAGAAAUAUACAAAACCGAGACAAGGGGAUGGGCAGUCAGGGCAAGAGAAGCAAUCCUUUGUGGUACAUUUGUGUGUGAAUAUGUAGGAGAGGUACUUGAUGAGCAGGAAGCAAAUAAAAGACGCAAUAGGUAUGCCACAGAAGGUUGUGGGUACUUCUUGGAGAUAGAUGCUCACAUCAAUGAUAUGAGCAGACUGAUUGAAGGGCAGUCUCCAUAUGUAAUUGAUGCUACUAACUAUGGAAACAUUUCCCGUUAUAUCAACCACAGUUGCUCACCAAAUCUCGUGAAUUACCAAGUUCUCGUGGAAAGCAUGGAACAUCAGCUUGCACAUGUUGGUUUUUAUGCAAGGCGAGAUAUACUUGCAGGUGAAGAACUGACCUAUGAUUAUAGAUACAAACUAUUGCCCGGAGAAGGGUCUCCAUGCCUGUGUGGCUCCUCCAAUUGCAGGGGACGUCUUUACUAAAUCCUCUACUUAAUAUAUUGUGCAUUCAGAGGUUUAUGAAUUCAGAUCUGUAGAGAUUUGGAAUCCCGAGGCAGGCCUGGUGUGUUAGCAGGAAGCAAAAAGUUUGUAAUUGUCCUUAGUUUAUAGUUUGUGUGACCUAGUUUUGUCACACGUCUUCUGGUGAUGUAAUGAAAUUUACCAUCACAGAUUUGUAGCUUUACCAGUUUGCUUUUUCUUUCUCUAUAGUUUCUGGGGUCACUCACUCUUCAAUUUCAAUCAGAAAUGCAUGGCCAAAUUUCCACUCAUAAA